GAAAGAGGUGAACACAUUCCACCCGAAGAAUCUUUUGAUGUAGCAAGGAGGGCGAAGGAAAUGUACUGCUAUACAUGUUCGGACAUUGUGAAGGAAUUUAAUAAGCAUGACAGGGAGCCCUCAAAGUACAUAAAACGCCUGACUGGCAUCAAACCAAAAACGGGUGCUCCGUACACCUGUGACAUUGGAUACGAGCGCUUCCUGGGCCCUGAGAUAUUCUUCCACCCUGAGAUUUACAACAAUGACUUCACCACUCCUUUGCAAGAUGUUAUAGACAAGUGCAUCCAAUCAUCCCCAAUUGACACAAGGAGGGCACUUUAUAAGAAUAUUGUCUUGUCUGGGGGUUCAACUAUGUUUAAGGAUUUCCACAGAAGAUUACAGCGGGACCUGAAAAAGAUUGUGGAUGUACGGGUCCGUGCAUCUAAUGCUCGACUUGGUGGAGAUGCGAAGGCUCAACCCGUGGAAGUAAACGUGGUUAGCCAUCCAAUUCAAAGAUAUGCGGUUUGGUUUGGCGGAUCGGUGCUUGCUUCUACAGCAGAAUUCUAUGAGGCUUGCCACACAAAAGCAGAGUAUGAAGAGUACGGUGCAAGCAUCUGCCGAUCAAAUCCUGUUUUCAAAGGGAUGUAUUGAAAUUUUCGUAUGAAGACUAGGAGGCAUCACAGAUAGCAUCUCCAUGCAAUCAGCCUGAGCCUAGCUAGCAGUAGCAGGCUGGCAGCAUGGUAAAUGGUAAAACUGACACCGGAGGCAAGCUCUCUGUAGCGUUUGUUUGUACACAACCAGCAUGCACAUAGAGAUAAACGAAACAUUUCGUUAAUACAUCUUCUGUAUACUACUAGUACAUCUGUAGAAUGGGGCCGGUAGUGCAGCAAACAGGAGAACUUGUGACCGGAUGGCGCGCUGGCGGCACCUGAGCGGCACAUGCUUAGCUGUUGUAUAUCUGUAGUACUGUACUGCUCAGUGUGGCCGUAAACGGAACAGUUUUGUUUGUGGGUGAGCUGGUAUGGCUCCUCGUAUUUUCCCGUGAAGUCGUUGCCACCGAUUUUCUGGAUAGUGGAAGAUUUCAGUUGACAUCGUAAUCAUGCUGCAUUUAUUAUUAUCUACUCUAUCUAUAAAAGAAAGAUGGUAAUCAUGA